AGUUCUGCAGCUGCACUUCCGCAUUCGUGUUUGUGUCACGAAACGCACUCUGCCUAAGAACUGUCCAUAAUUCGUACCAAAUAUUCGAUGCAGUACUCUCAUCUUUACUUUACUGAAGUAAAAUACUAUUCAUUUAUUUUUUGUGCCCUGGGGAAAAAUAGUCUGCACUCUGAAUGCACGUACUCGACUCUCCAGGUAGCUUACCCUAACUGCUAGCAAAGAGACGCGUCUGUGAUCGAUCAAUCGCGAAUCAAAGACCAAGUGUGACUCAAGUGUUGUGUCCUUCGUGAAAAAUGUGCGCCAAAAAUGUUAAAGAAGAGUACGAGGAGGAACUUCGCGGAGGAAAAGAGGAGAAUGAGCCGCGACGUCAACGAGCGGAUGCUGCUUUCAAGAGGCCGCAAGAACGACAACAAUCAGCAGACAUCAGUGAAGAUAUUCAUCCACUGAAGCAGGAGUCCAAGCUCUCUUUUGAUAAAGAGGCAGAGGGGCAGCCACCCAACAUUCAAGAGGAAAUGGAGCCCUUGCACUCACACAUUAAAGAGGAAAUGGGGCUGGUGACCCUUCGUAUAAAAGAAGAAUCAGAGCCUCUUCAGGUUAAAGAAGAAGAACAGGAGGUUGAUAUAAAUGAUUUUCCAUUGAAUAUCAUCGUGAAGCAGGAUGAUGAUGAUAAUGAAUUUGAAGAGGACCAGUGUGGGGCAUCCCAAGCGCCAUUAUCAGAUUGCUACGACGCCACAUCACGCUCGCCUCAUGCCAGUGAUGGUGAUGAUAAAAACUCAAAAUGUUCUCAUUGUGACAAAAGUUUCUCCAAGAAGUCAUCAUUAAAUAGACACAUCAAGACACACACUGGAAAGAAACCUUUCGCUUGCCCAUUUUGUGAUAAAAGAUUUGCUCACAAGGGACAUUUGAAUAUCCACACACUGAUCCACACAAGAGAAAAACCUUUUUCCUGCUCAAUGUGUGGUAUGAAAUUUACCCACAAGAGUAGUUUAACAAAUCAUGCGAGAAUUCACACCAAAGAGAAACCUUUUGCCUGCACAACCUGCAACUUGAGUUUUGGGAGACGUUCCUAUUUAAUAAAACAUACACGAAUACACACUGGGGAGAAACCGUUUCUCUGUUUGAUUUGUGGUAAAGGAUUCGCUGUAAAGGAAGACUUGAAAACACACACAAGAACACAUACUGGUGAAAAGCCUUUUGCCUGUACGGUUUGCGGGAAAAGUUUCUCAUUGAAGGAAGGCUUAAGAAAACACAUGAGAACGCACACGGGGGAGAAACCUUUUAUCUGUUCAGUUUGUGGCAAAGGUUUCACGGUGAUGACGUGUUUGGUGAGGCACUCAAGAACACACAGUGGGGAGAAACCUUUCACUUGUUCAAUAUGCGGUAAAGGUUUUCACGUGAAAACUUGCUUAGUAAGGCAUACAAGAAUACACACUGGAGAGAAACCUUACAUCUGCUUAGUCUGCGGUUUAACUUUCAUCGAUCGGACAGGAUUGGUUAGACACACCACAAAGACACACACGGGAGAGAAACAUUUUCCAUGUUCAGUUUGCGGUAAAAGAUUCAUGCAAAGAUACAUAUUGGAAAAACACAUGAGGAUACACACUGGUGAAAAACCAUUCAGUUGCAGUUUGUGUGAUAAAAGAUUCUCUCGAAAGGAUCGCAUCAAGAGACACAAGUGUGUUGGGGAGAAGAACAACAAUAAAUGAAGCUUUUCAUUAAUUGUAAAGAAAUAUUGUGUUAAAAGUUGGUCACUUACUGUAUAUGUGAUCUUGAAUAAAAUGUAACAGUUAAAACACUGAUCGUGUUCACUAUCUUUCUGCUUGUUACAGUAUUACAUGAUAUU